UAAAAGAAUUACGCCUCUAUUGAUACGGAACCGCACCUCUCACAGACUGCAGCCUGACAAUACAUCUCCGAAGACCCAGUCCGUGUAUAUCUAGACGAUUUACUGGCUCGUCUACUAAUACCUGAUCAGAUUCGUGGCUCAGUUCGGAAACGAAGGUUCUAAAAUGUCUCAGAAGAUCAAGACCGGUCCGGUGGUGGAGAUGCAGGGAGAUGAGAUGACCAGAGUCAUCUGGGAACUCAUCAAAGAUAAGCUGAUCUUCCCCUACCUGGAAAUGGAACUACACAGCUUUGACCUUGGCAUGGAGUCUCGCGAUGCCUCCAACGACGAUGUCACGGUUCAGGCGGCGGAGGCAGUGCGGCGGUACAACGUGGGCAUCAAGUGCGCGACCAUCACGCCAGACGAGAAUCGCGUGGAAGAGUUCAAGCUGAAGCAGAUGUGGCGUUCGCCCAAUGGAACCAUCCGGAACAUCCUUGGAGGCACUGUGUUCAGGGAGCCCAUCAUCUGUAAGAACAUCCCUCGUCUGGUGCCCGGCUGGAUCAAACCCAUCGUCAUCGGGAGACACGCACACGGAGACCAGUACAAGGCCACAGACUUUGUGGUUCCAGGUCCAGGGAGACUGGAGAUGACCUUCACACCCAAGAGCGGCGAACCAGUCAAGUAUGUCAUCCAUGACUUUGAAGGCACUGGUGGCGUGGCUAUGGGUAUGUACAAUACAGACAGCUCCAUCAGGGACUUUGCCCACAGCUCCUUCCAAAUGGGGCUGACCAAGGGCUGGCCUCUCUACCUCAGCACCAAGAACACCAUCCUCAAGAAGUACGACGGGCGCUUCAAAGAUAUCUUCCAGGAGAUCUACGAGAAGGAGUACCGCUCCCAGUUUGAGAAGAAGGGGAUCUGGUACGAGCACCGCCUCAUCGACGACAUGGUUGCCCAGGCGAUGAAGUCUGACGGGGGCUUCAUCUGGGCCUGCAAGAACUACGACGGAGACGUGCAGUCGGACUCUGUAGCCCAAGGCUACGGCUCCCUGGGUAUGAUGACCAGUGUUCUGAUCUGUCCCGACGGCCGUACGGUGGAGUCGGAGGCCGCUCAUGGAACAGUGACCCGCCACUACAGGCAGCACCAGCAGGGCAAGGAGACCUCCACCAACCCCAUCGCUUCCAUCUUCGCGUGGUCCCGGGGUCUGCUCCACCGCGCCAAGCUGGACAACAACGCUGAGCUGCGUGUGUUUGCUGAGGCUCUGGAGGCGGUCUGUGUCGAGACCAUCGAGGCUGGCUUCAUGACCAAGGACCUGGCCAUCUGCAUCAAAGGCCUGUCGAGUGUGACUCGUGCAGACUACCUGAACACCUUUGAGUUCCUGGACAAGCUGGCAGAGAACCUGAAGAUCAAGAUGUCAAGCCAACCCAAACUGUGAUCUCAUCUCCUGGCCUUACUCAUACAGACACACACCAAAACACAUACACACACUUACAGACAGCCUUGAUAUCAGUGGACUGGCUCCAACCAACAACCAAGCUAACUGUCAGAAUCAGAAACAGGUUAAUUACCAAGUAGGUUGUCACACAGUAUUCAUUAGCUUUGGUCUGAUGAUGCACAACAGUAAACACACAAGGACAAAAACAGGCAAGAUGUGAGUCACAAGAGUGUGAUCUAGAUAUUCCAGGCAACCUCUGGAUUGAAUCAUUCCCACAGGACUCUGACAUAGGAGGUGCCUUCCCCACCUGAGGAUGCCCUAUCCCUAGAACACACAUACUGACUCCUCCCCAAUCCCACUACGCAGGAAGCUCCAGAGGGCUCAGUGUUGGACAUAGAAAUACAUCUGUGCUAUCAUUUACUCAAAUAUAUUGCACUAGUUCCCCUGAGGUGUGCUUGGUCCUUGCCCGGCCAGACCAGACCAGGGGACAGUCCUGUCAGUGUGUCUGAGGGUGGUCUUACCUACAUUGCCUUAUUUGUUUUAUGUUUCAACGGAUAUUCCAGUCAAGAUUCAUUCCUUCCUACAAGGUAUGCCGACCACUGCAGUUAAAAAGUCAAGAGUAACUUAUGACUGCCUGGCGGAUGGUAUUUCUCACAAAGAUGCUAGAGCGUUACACACUGGUAGGGAGCCGCUGAUGUGAUCCUGCUUGUUGGUGUUUUAAACAGCAUGUUAACUGUUUACUCCAGUGCAGAAACCCAUAAAGCUAUCAUCUCCUGCCAGGCAGAAUAGUAGGGUGCGGGGUUGAAGGUUUUACUCUGCAUACUGUGGUCGGCUUCCAUGUGAAUAUGAACUCAAUAAAUGUUUUUUUGAGAUACUAA